AUGGCGAUCGACGUACACAAGAAGGCCGGCGAAGAGGUCCCGGGACCUUCCCCCAACGCGGGGCUGGCUAGGAAACCAAGCGACUCGCACCCGGCAGGUCGCAUCAAGCACAACAAGUUUAUGCAGAUAGUCCGCGGCGUCUCUUUCGCCAUCUACUUCGCCGCCUGCUGCGCAAGUAUCUUCCUGACGCAGCUCAUGGGCGGCUGGCUGUACUUCGUCAACCGCGAGCUCUACUACGCCUACAUGGCGCUGACGAAACAGUCCUUCGCCCUCACGACAACUGCUAUGACCAAGAUCUGGGGUCCUACGAAGAUCAGAAUCAGCGGUGAUGCUUCGGUUGCGGGCCAGAUCAGACAGACUCCCAACGGCUUGGUCGAGUUCGACUUCCCCGAGCGCUUGAUCCUGAUCGCGAACCACCAGAUCUACACCGACUGGCUGUACCUCUGGUGGGUGGCCUAUGCCAACGAGCCAGGCAUGCACGGCCACAUCUACAUCAUUCUGAAGGAGUCGCUGAAGUACAUUCCCCUCGUUGGUUGGGGCAUGAUGUUCUACGGUUUCAUCUUCAUGUCGCGCAAGAUGUCGACUGACCAGCCACGCCUGGCGCAUCGCCUGAACAAGCUCAAGAUGGAACACACUACACCCAACGGAAAGAAGCAUCGCGAUCCCAUGUGGCUGCUUCUCUUCCCCGAGGGCACAAAUCUGUCUGGUAACGGGCGCAGGAAAUCUGCCGCCUGGGCAGAGCAGAGUGGCCUGAAGGACCCCCAGCAUCUGCUGCUCCCGCGCAGCACUGGCAUGUUCUUCUGCUUGAAGGAGCUGUCGGGCACUUUGGACUACGUCUACGACUGCACUGUCGCCUACGAAGGCGUCCCCCGCGGCAAGUACGGCGAACAGUACUUUACCCUUUCCAGCACAUAUUUCCAGGGCCGCCCUCCGAAGUCGGUCAACUUCCACUGGCGCCGGUUCCGCGUCGCCGACAUGCCCCUGCACGACCAGAAAGAGUUUGACGCGUGGGUGCGCGAGAGGUGGUACGAGAAGGAUGCUCUCAUGGAGGAGUACAUCUCCACCGGCCGCUUCCCUCCGAGCGAAGAUAACAAAAAGGGAUACAUUGAGACCGAGGUGCGCUUGAAGCACUGGUGGGAGCUCACGCAGGUCUUCGUCGUCGUCGGAGCCGCCGGACUCGUCGUCCGAAUGUUACUCAACACGAUGCAGAAAUGGGCGGGUUUCUAG